AUGGAAGAAGACAACAAUCCCAGCCAUUCGGCCGGGAAGGGUCAGGCUCCUCCAUCAGCAGCAGAGACGCCGCAACCACUGACAGGGGAUGCCCUUGCUGCUGCCACUGCUGCUGCUGCCGCUGCUCAUAUCGAAGUCCGAGAUUUUUCUGUGCCUCGCCUCUCUGAAGAUGGGACUGUACCUAGAGAGCAAGGAGGCGAGUCCCAGGAGGCUCUAGGUCACUUGCCCCCCACGCUACCCGCCGCUGCAGACCCAGGCCCCGGGUUCGUUGGCGUCGACGGCGACGUAGGUGGCACCGGCCAUAAUGAAACGGAGGUCGAUGUUAUUGCUGUGCCCUGCCCAGGUGCUGAUCCGGUCAACACCUGGACGUAUUCUCAAGAUCUUUGGCCCGAAACGGAUAUUCCAGGCGAGGUUGGGUCGCGCACCUCGCUACGUAUCCGUGGCCCAUGGGUUACGAAGAAUCUGAGGCGGGCAGCCAGCAUUGCGCGGGUCUUCCUUUACAGGCACCGCGAACUGGAAGAUGGCAUGUCAUUGGAGUCUUUGGCCAAAGACCUGUUGGACCAGGUUGAACAGAUGCGGAAGGGAGUGGUUGCCCGUCCUCUGUUCUUCAUCGGCCAUAGCAUUGGCGGUUUGGUCAUAAAGUACGCGUUGGCCAACGCACACCGUUCGGGACGGUACCAGGCUAUCGUCGAUAACUGUCAUGGAGUGACCUUCUUUGGCACGCCACACCAAGGUUCGAGUUACAUGUCCAUGUCGAAUCUCAAAGAGAGUAUCCGAGAUCUUCUCCACCUUCAGUCAACGCUUCCCCAGUCACUAACCGAUGAGAUCAACGUCCGCAACUUGAAUCUCGUUGGACUACACGAUCAGUUCGUCGACAUGGCGAGCGAGUUCCGUCUUUGGUCAUUUUACGAAACACGAGAGUCAAUGCUCUCUGGUGCCGCUGCCGGCUUUUCUGACGAGGUCCAAUUUGGGGCUCCUUUGGUAUCCGUCAAGUCUGCCCUGCUGGACGUCUGGCAGGAAGACGUCUACGCGGUGGACAGUGAUCAUGCCCAUCUUGCUGCGUUCGGGCCAAACAAUGUGCGCAUUAUGGAUUCCUAUCUCGACGAGUUCGCCCGGGCCAUUGAGAAGGCAGCAAGGCUGAAUCAGGCCUACCGACACACCCCGCUGCAUGUGCGGUCUCUGGUCAAAGUCGAGAUCAUCGGCUUUUACGAAGACCCGGACACCAUGGAGCCAACGCCCGGACAACAGGGUUGCGGAGAGCCGGGGUCUGUUAUCCGGCUGUAUUCUAUCAAGUAUCCCUUCAAAGAAUUUCUUAAGAACGGACCAGACCGCUGUUUGAGCGAACGGCUUCAUGGGGGACUCAAGAAACGGUCGAGCCGUCGCGGAGUUGGCGUUGCCCCCAAGGCAUCCGCUUCGAGUAAGGAGCCACAGUGGGAAGGCACCGGCCUCGGCCUUUCUUCCGAUGCUGCGGAGACGUCACAGGGUUCUGGAGGGCUUGUAUCGUCUCCUGAAAUUGUCAUCACGUCCGCGUCCGCACAAGAGAGACCGCCGUUGCUCAGGGUGCCGGCGCAGUCGGAACCGUCAUUCCGGCCUCCGAGCCCCGAGAGCAAUGCUAGUGUCAGCACCACCAUGUCGGACCCGGUCCUGCCGUUGUCGUACGGUGGAGAGUUUGCUGGGGAGGAUGCACAUACCAUCGAUUUAUUAGCACAACAACAGGCAAAACUCCUGCUGAAACAGCAUGGGCUCACGGCCAACGUUGGCUUUUCCCGGCCGACGCAGUCUCGGAGAAAGUUUAUGUGGGUGCACAUACCCUUCAACAAUCCCGUUUGGGUCAAGGAAGUCUUUGCCACAUUGGGAAGAACCCAGGGGCUAGAUUUCUCACGACUUUUUGACUACGACAAUUGGGUAUCCAAACAGGUACAGAAUCGCAAUUCCGACUCGCAACCGGCGUAUCUCAAGGCCAUAUGCAAGUAUCUCUCGGCCGCAGACCGGCUAGCGUCGCCGCGCGUCCCUUCGCCCUUGUUUGGGCCCGUCAACCUUGGCAUUACGCCCAACUGUCUCUAUCUUUACCUUCCGUACCUCCACUUCGACACAUAUCAGAGCAUGAUUAGACGGAGGAAACUGAUCGCGAAGCGUCGAAGCCACGGGAGAGCCAAGCCGGUCCCCCAAUGGGUCGAGCAAGAAACCCUUGAGCUCAAGAUGAUUUGGGACUACAUCGGAUUCGACCCUCCCCUGAACUGCCGCCGGACCCUGGACCAGUUUGGGCACCACUCUCUCAGGGACACCAACUCUCGGGAUGAUGAUCAGAUGUUGUACAAACUUACCAAGAAAGACUCACCGGUGCCUUGGGGCUUGUCCAAGACUGGUGAUACAGAGCACCCUCCGGCGGGGUACUCAAUGUCGUCAAUGAAGGGAUCAUCAUCAACUAUUUAUGAAGGCGCCGAUGAGUCCGGCGUCGAAGGUGGGGCUCAUUUGAAAGAUGGCCAUGUCUUGGUAGUCGAUCAAUUAUGGCUCUGGUCGGUUGACAUGACGACUCUCGUGACAUUCUUUUCGAAGCGAGAAUCGAACCCCACAGAAGGGACACUUUUCCAGCAGGCGGACCUACGCAGUAGCAUAUACAACGAGCUGAACGGGGAUCUCACAGGAAGGACGGAGAACACGCUGGACUUGGCAGCGUUGAUCGUGUGGCACUCCGUCACGGUCCUUCUCGAUAGGUCCACACACCCCGAUCUAGAGAUCUUCCGCAUCUUUGACGAGGCUAUUGGGAUGCUCGCCGAACGAAUGACGCUAAAUAUGAAGCAAUUCAGGAUCAACGCACUGGACAUGGAGGCGGAUGACGAUGACGAUGAUGAGGACUCUGAUGAUUCGGACGCUGAAGGGGAAAGCCCCGCGGCGAUUAAGAAACGCCACAGGCGCGAGCUCGAGCGGUCCGAACGUGAGAAUAGGGAAAAUACAUCGGCUCUGCUGGAACUCCGUGACCUCGAGGACGAGUUGUCGACACUGCAAAAGCUGUUCGAGAUGCAGGACUCAACGGUCCGCCAGAUGAAGGAGAUCUACACUAGCAAGGAAUUCAACGAGAUGACCAAGGCUGGGCAGGAUCACCUGGAUGAGGCGCUCGAAUACCUUGACGACUUCAAGCAGCAAACUACCGAGAUGCUCAAGCGGGUAGAGACCACGAGGAACGAUUACGAAAAAAUGCUAGAGAUGGUCCAACGCCAAGCCCAAGUCGACGAAGUUCGCUGGUCACGCCUACAAGCCGAGCUCGCCUCCAGCCAAAACCUCUCGGUGAUGAUCUUCACCACUUUCACCGUCAUCUUCCUCCCCCUAACCUUCUUCACGGGCCUCUUCGGCAUGAACACAAUCGAAUGGCAAGACGAGCGGAUCCCCAGCCUCAAGCAAAUCGGCGCCAUCUCCUUACCCGCAUCCGCCUUACUCAUCGUGGUCUCCCUCGUCGCCGCCUUCAGCUGGCGUGUGCAGAGCGCGUUCAAAGCGACGUACCGCGGCUUGCGCACCUCGUGGAAAGUUAUCAAGGGCGCCUACGCGGACCGGUUGGAGCCGGAGUCACGGAAGGAGGCGAAGCGCAUGCGGAGGGAGGAGAAGAAGAGACGGCAGAAGGAGGCGAAGAUGGCACAGGAUGAUGAGAGUUAUGAUUUCUGGGCCAUGGUGAAGAGGCAGCAGAGGGCGGUGAGAUACCAGAUUCCAGAGCAGAAUGUUAGUGGGUUGACGCCGGCGAAUGUUUACUUGAGGAGGUAA